AGACGCUCUCCUUUUUCUGGUCCUGUUUGCCACCUUUUUUUUCUUUCUACUCUUCACUCUUCUGGUUUACUCUACUCCUCUUCAUACUGCCCAGCAUUUUUUCCCUUCUUUUUCUCUGUCUCUCUCUCUCCUCUAUUUCUCUAUCUCACGUUCACUCUAUUUUUCUGCAUUCCAAUCAUUGUAAUUUAAUCAGCACUUUUUUUUUGUUUGUUUAUUUUUUAAAUACAUAUUACGCAUUGUUCUGUUCAUCAUUCAUCUUUUAUAAUAAUCCUUGUCCAACCAAUGUCGAACGUUCCUCAAGAUGUCUUGCAGCAAUUGGUGCAGGUCUUGGCAAACCUCGUCUCAAAUGACAAUGCUGUCCGCUCAGCCGCAGAAGAACAACUAAACAAUGAAUGGAUGGUCAAGAGUCCUGAUGCUCUUCUCUCUGGAUUCGCUUACCUCUCCCGUCACAGUGAGGAGGCUGAUCUCCGUUCUUUUGCUGCUGUCUUGACUCGCCGAGUUGCAUUCAAGGGUAUCCCCAACCAGGAUCCCGAAGCCGAAGAAGUUACACUCUGGGAUGUUACGCAGGAGCAGACUCGACAGGCUAUGAAGACCCAUUUCUUGGAAGGUCUUUCACAAGAAUCUAACAAGUCUGUCCGUAACAAAAUCUGCGAUACAAUUGCAGAAAUGGCUCGUGCCUCCAGUUUGAAAGGCCAGCCUUGGCCUGAGCUCCUCCCUGCACUGUUUGAAUGCACAAAAUCGCCUUCCCCAGAACACCGAGAGUCAGCUUUCCGCAUUUUUACCUCUGUCCCCAAUUUGAUUUCUGGACAACAUGUUGAUAUCCUCAAGUCUGUUUUUGCAAACAGUUUACGCGACGAGAACCUUCAGGUUCGCCUUGCUGCUGUCAAGGCUGCAAUUUCCUUCAUGCUGGAUACCAAUAAUUCCACUCGCACCAUGAUGGCCUCAUUGAUGCCUCAAUUGCUUGAAGUUCUCAACGCUCUUGUCACUACAGGAGAUGAAGCGUCGCUGAUCGACGGCUUAGUCGUCAUGAUUGAGUUGGCGGAGAAUUCCUCUCGUCUUUUCCGUCAUGUCAUUGCUGACGUCCUUCCUUUCAUGAUCGGGAUUGUAAAGAAGAAGGAGUUCGAGGAUCGCACUAGGCAGUCGGCUUUGGAGCUGUUGCUCACUCUGGCCGAGUGUGCUCCCGGUAUGGUUCGCAAGGUUCCAGAUUAUACUACUACCAUCGUCCCAGUCGCUUUGGAGAUGAUGACCGAGUUGGAGGAAGAUGAAGAUUGGUAUACUACUGAUGAUUUGGAUGAGGGCGAUAAUGAUGAAAAUUAUGUCAUUGGAGAACAUGCCAUGGACCGCUUGGCCCGCGCUUUGGGAGGCAAGGCUAUGCUGCCUGUUUCAUUUGUCUACAUUCCUCAGAUGCUUGCGAACGAGAACUGGAAGGCUCGUCAUGCUGCCCUCUUUGCUGUUUCUGCCAUUGGCGAAGGUUGUGUCCGCAUCAUGGAGGCUGAGCUUGGAAAAAUCAUCAACAUGGUACUACCCUUUUUGCGGGACCCUCACCCUCGCGUUCGUUAUGCAGCCUGUAAUGCCAUUGGUCAAAUGUCCACAGACUUUGCCGGCCCUAUGCAGAAAAACCAUCACGCCGUCGUUUUGACCAACCUUAUCCCUGUUAUGGACGAUGCUCCUUUCCCUCGUGUUCGUGCUCAUGCCGCCGCUGCUUUGGUCAAUUUCUGUGAAGCAGUAGAGAAAGGUACUCUGGAACCUUAUCUGGAUGCCAUCUUCGAGCGCCUUUUGUCGCUUCUUAACACUGGAACGACCUAUGUCCAAGAGCAGGCCAUCACCACUAUUGCAACAGUUGCAGACAGCGCUGAGGAUCGCUUUGUAAAGUAUUACAGCGCCAUUAUGCCUCUCUUGAUCAACGUUCUCCGACAGGCCACCAACAAAGAGUACAGACUUUUGCGUGGAAAGGCCAUGGAGUGCGCUAGUUUGAUCGCGCUGGCGGUCGGUAAGGAGGUCUUUGCUCCCCAUGCACAAGAGUUUAUUAAGCUCUUGGUUCAAACCCAGACCAGUGUAACUGAAGCAGAUGAUCCUCAGGUUUCUUAUCUCUUGGCUGCUUGGGCUCGUAUUUGUAAAGUACUUGGACGCGAUUUUGUCCCAUACUUGGACAUUGUCAUGCCUCCUCUUCUGGCUAGUGCUCAACUUAAGCCAGAUUUUGCAGUUCUGGACCCUGAGGACGAUAUUGAAUCGAAGUACUCUGCAGAGGAUGGCUGGGAGUUUGUUGGGGUAGAUGGUCAACAAAUUGGAAUCAAGACUACAGUUUUGGAGGAGAAGUGCACUGCUGUUGAAAUGUUGAUCUGCUACGCACGUGAGCUUGGAUCUGGUUUCCGUCCUUAUAUUGAGAGGGUUCGUGACAUUGUCCUGCCUCUUCUCAAAUUCUACUUCCACGAUGGUGUUCGACAUGCUGCAGCUGCUACACUCCCGCAGUUGAUCUCUUGCGCAAAGCAAUCUGAGCUUGGAGACGAGUAUGUGAUCAAUCUCUGGCAUGGAAUUUGCUCCAAGAUUUUGGAGGUCAUGGCCACAGAAGCUGAUCCCGCCUUCUUGCUCCAGUUGUACGUGUCAUUUUAUGAGUCCCUCGACUUUAUGAACGGCCCUAGUCUGAGCCCACAGUUGCUCGAGGAAUUUACGCGUGCCACUGAAGCUCAACUGAAGGAGUUCUACGCUCGCCUGAAGCAUCGUGAAGAAGCUCGUUCCAGCGCAGAUUUUGAGGCUGAAGAUGAAGAGGACAUUCAGGAGGAGGAGAUGAAUGAGGAAGCUGUUUUGGGAGAAAUGUCGCGUACUAUCCACAGUAUCAUGAAGACACAUGGAACUGCAUACUUGCCCAUGUUCAAGUCUUUGGAGCCCGUCAUUACUACCUUCCUUGCUGACUCUCACUCUUCCUCGCGUCAAUGGGCCAUUUGUGUCCUCGAUGACCUGAUCGAGUUUACAGGACCCAAUUCAUGGCCAAUUAUGGUGAACUACUUGCCCAAGAUGCUCGAGUCUGUAGUUGAUCCUGCGGGCGAUGUUCGUCAGGCUGCUUGCUACGGCAUGGGAUUGUGUGGACAGUUUGGUGGACCUGACUAUGCAGAAGUGUGCAGUGCUGCUUUAACUCCACUUUUCCAAGUGAUUAAUGCACCUCAAGCGAGAGAAACUGAGAAUGUAUAUGUGACGGAAAACGCCAUCUCUGCAGUCACCAAGAUCUGUAAAUUCAACAGCUCAAAGUUUGAUGUUAACACGGUCCUGCCCUCAUGGGUUCAGUCGCUUCCUCUUUUGAAUGACGAGGAGGAGGCACCAACAACAUAUACUUAUCUUUUGGAUCUUAUGGAUGCUCGACACCCCUCUGUUCUUGGACUCAAUAACAUUAACAUGCCUCACCUGGUGACAGUGAUGGUGGAAGCUCUUGUGGCUGGUAUUAUUCCCGAACCUAUUGCUACUCGUAUGGUUCAUACACUCAAGGCUGCGUUAGGAACAUUGGAUUCAAACACUACCUCUAAUAUCUGGAACAGCAUCUCGCCUGAAAAGAGGAAGACUCUCCAGGAUUUGAAUUACUUGUAAAAAAGAAAAAAAAGGCUUGUGGAGUGGAGACAUUGAAAAGGAAGAAUAACCAGAGAGUUUUGUUUUUGGAAGGACAUAUUACCAUAGAUAAAAAAAUAUAUUGCUUUACAC